UAAGAUAGAUAGCAAUUUAGCUAGCACAAGGUGGCUAGCGCUAAGUGUCGUAACAGUGGGCUCCUGCAGUAAGCGCACCAUGACAGCUACCAAUACUUCAAAAGAACAGAAAUAUGAUAGACAAUUGAGACUGUGGGGUGAUCAUGGUCAGGAGGCCCUGGAGAAUGCCCACGUUUGCCUCAUAAACGCCACAGCCUCUGGGACAGAAAUACUGAAGAACCUAGUGCUGCCAGGUACUGGGGCUUUCACAAUUGUAGAUGGGAACAAAGUGUCUGGAGAAGAUGUUGGAAACAACUUUUUUCUCAGCAACAACAACAUCGGAAAGAACAGGGCCCAGGCUGCUACAGAGCUGCUGCAGGAGCUGAACAGCGAUGUAUCUGGGAACUUUGUAGAAGAGAGUCCUGACAAACUGCUGGACAAUGACCCUGAGUUCUUUCACCGUUUUAACCUAGUUGUGGCCGUGCAGCUUCCAGAGAGCACCAGUUUGAGGCUGGGAGCAGUACUAUGGAGCGCCAACGUCCCCUUCAUCUUGUGUCGGACUUACGGGCUCAUUGGUUACAUGAGACUGGUAGUAAAGGAGCACACAGUGGUGGAGUCCCACCCAGACAACGCUCUGGAGGACCUGAGGUUGGACCAGCCCUUUCCUGAGCUCAGCCACCACAUCCAGUCCUACAACCUCCACACCAUGGACAAAAAGGAUCACAGUCACACACCCUGGGUCAUCAUCGUGGCUAAGUACCUGGAGACAUGGCUGAACGAGCACAACCAGCAGCUACCGAAGAACUACCAGGAGAAGGAGGCCUUCAGGCAGCUCGUACGGCAAGGGAUCCUGAAGAAGGAGAACGGCGUUCCAGAGGACGAGGAGAACUUUGAGGAAGCCAUCAAGAACGUCAACACGGCUCUCAACCCGACCAAGGUGCCCCGUGCAAUUGAGGACUUCUUCAAUGGAGAGCAGUGCAACAAUAUCACGACACAGAGCCCUGCAUUCUGGGUGCUGGUGCGGGGUCUGAAGGAGUUUGUGCAGCAGGAGGGCGGUGGCCAUCUUCCUGUCAGAGGAUCCAUCCCAGACAUGAUCGCCGACUCUCAGAAGUUCAUCAACCUGCAGAAUGUUUACAGGGAGAAGGCUCUGCAAGAUGCAUCUGUAGUGGCCAAGCAUGUAGAGACUUUGCUGCAAAACGUGGGGAAGCCUCCAGAGAGCAUCUCUGAACAAGACAUUAAACUGUUCUCUAAGAAUGCAGCCUUUCUCAGGGUGGUGCGCUGCAGGUCCUUGGCUGAGGAGUACAGUGUGGAGUCUGUCAACAAAGAUGAGAUCACCUCGUGUAUGGACAGCUCAGACAGUGAGAUGGUCCUCUACCUCAUGCUGCGUUCUGUCGACCGAUUCUACCAGCAACACUCCCGUUACCCUGGUGUGUCCAACUACCAGGUAGAGGAUGACAUCAGCAGGUUGAAGUUGUGUGUCAACUCUCUGCUCCAGGAGUACUGCCUCAAUGUCAAUAUCAAGGACGAAUACGUCCACGAGUUUUGUCGCUACGGAGCUGCAGAGCCUCACACAGUGGCCUCGUUCUUGGGAGGUUCGGCUGCCCAAGAGGCCAUCAAGAUCAUCACCCGCCAGUUUGUUCCAUUCAACAACACUUUCAUUUACAAUGCCAUGUCACAGACUUCUGCCACCUUCCAGCUCUGAAUACACACACACACACACACACACACACUCCAACCGUACUGCCAAUACCCUCAAACACAGCGUUUUCAAAUAAAGGUCAGAACCAGCACCAAUCCUGGUCACUUCUCACAACCAUUAGUAAUCCAAAAUAUAUGUGUGAUGCUUAACUCAAUAAAUUCUUUAAAUACGUCCUGAA